AUGACUUCAAAUCAAGAAGAUGCAAUUUGUUCGAAAAGUUGCUUUUUCCUUCGUUCUAGUUUUUUGUGGCCUGAAGAAACUCCAACCAAGUCAUUUUAUGUAAAAUUUAUUCUAGUCUUACUAUUAUCUUUGUUAACCGCAUUUUUGCCACUGUUGAUUCAUUUUUUGAUACUACUGGAAAGGGGGUUGGACCCUAGUGAAGACUUAUUUGUAAUCAUUUCUUACACAGGCUUUACUCUUAUUAUGACAAUUUAUGUGAUUAAUUUGAGAAAAAUGUCAUACCUGAUUAUGCAAUUAUCUGAUUUUAAAAAAUUUGGUAAACCUAGGGGAUAUGAUUAUUGGAUUAAAAACUUUAAUUUGAUUGCAUCGGGUGUUUACUAUUACGUUUUGUCAAUUUCUUUUUGUCUAAACCUGACGAGAUGGGUAGGAAUUCCGGAAUGCAGAAAAACAAGAGAUUUCCAAGUUUGUGGGAUAGUCAUACCUUAUUGGUUACCUUGGAAAGUUGAUUCAUGGUUUUUCUUUAUUUUACUAGACUUAUAUGUCCUCAAGAUGACACUUAUUGUUAAUUGUGCUCUUUUCCUUAUCAUUUUUCAAAUUUUGGAAAUCACCAUGCACAUAAAAUUAAGAAUUGAUCAUUUGAAAGAAAUGUUAACGAAAUGUUUUGAUAAUGAUUCUCAAACAAACGAAAAACAAUUGGUGAAAUGCAUUUGCUACCACAAUUAUAUUAUUAAUUGCAGUAAUGUAUUUAGACAAUGUUUUACCUACUCUAUGUUUUCUUUAAUUGUGGCGAUGGCAUUCUCUUGUGGUUGUCUAGAGAGCCAAAUUGUUAAGUUUGAUUUAUGGGCCGUUCCACCAACUUUUGCUUGGAUUUGUCUGCUUUUCACAGCUUGCAUGGCGGGACAGAUUUUAAUGAUUGCGAGUUUAGAGAUUGGGGAUGCUUCUUACCAUUCAAAAUGGUACCAAUUCGAUGUCACUUUUCGAAAAUGUUUAAUUCUAGUGAUGAUAAGAAGUCAAAAAGCUUUGGUACUUUCUGCUGGACCUUUCAAUAUAUUGUGUUUUAGUUUGUUUGUUGCCAUAAUGAAAUUUUCGUAUUCUGUAUUUUUGCUAUUAAAUCAACACUAG